AUGCCUUCCCGAGCUGCACUUAUUUGCCUGCUGGUCCUGGCCUUUGUGGUUCUCCUGUGCACUGCCCAUCCCAAGGAGGAGGAAGCGAUAGAGAAUGAUCUACUGGAAAGUGCUCUCUCUGCAGCUGACAUACCGGAGACACCUGCGGAGAUGAAUGCAGAGAGCAUAGAGGUUAUAAGGCCUGCUGGAUUCUUUAGGCGACCUCCACGAUUCAUAAACAUGAUGCAUAACUUUCUUCUGAUACUGUGUCAGCAACAGUCCAUUUGA